AUGUCAUCGACGACGAAUCGGCUGAAUUCGACGACGAGGAAGAGGAAGAAGAGUUGCCCGAAGACAUGGGCGACCUGCUGGCCGGGUUGCCUAGUCUCGCCCCCGACGCCGGCAAGAUUCGGUUCGCCGAAGACAUUGUUGGCGAUUUCAGAGGCGGCGAGGGACGACGACGACGCGGUGGCGGCGCCCGUCGCGGUGGCAACGUUCCCGGUGCCCGUGGGCCGGGUGCUCGCCGUCGGUAAUCAGGUAAGCGCCAUUCCGAAAGCGCGACACAUCCCGGAACGUAGCUGCGUCGCCUGUGGCCGUAAACUCGCCAAAGGCGAGUUGAUCCGCCUCGUCCGCACACCAGGCGGCCCAAUCCUGGUGGACGAAUCCGGUCGGCAAAAUGGCCGCGGCGCCUACGUCUGCCACCAGGCAAUCUGCUGGGAAAAAGCCCUGACCAAACGGGCCCUUGAACGCAGUCUCCGUGGUCCAGUCUCCGCCGAGGACCUGAACGUACUGAGGCAAUACUUUAUCGAAACUUUCGCAUCUUGCCCCGCCAACAUUGGGUCUGGCGAUUCCGGCAACGCAGCAACCACACACGGGCGACGCUAA